AUGAAGGAUCGACUAAUUAGCAUCAAAUUUCUGAAUUGGCUGUUUAUGUCAGAGAGAAUCCAACGGAAACUAAAUUAGCGCUCCAUAGCGGUAACAGUUAUUAUAGCGUGCCUUUACCAGACUCUCUGCUCGUCGGAGAUUUACGGAGACAGCCGAGUAUCUGGUUGAACGAGACUAGUUUAUUUGCGGUUACAGAAAUAGCCGAGUAGUUACGAUUGCCCUUAAAGUAGAUCAUUAGGUCAUAUCGGAGUUAUGUCUAUGUCCUAUAUCGCAAAGAACUACACCGAUAAGGUCAUCUUUAUGUCCUAAUAGACACGUGGAUAUUGAACAAUCGAAAUAUGAAACUGGUCCUUUAUAUUUUCAAAUUUACGUCAUGCAUUUCCAUUGUGACGUCCCUUGAAGAGAGGUUACUCGUCGGUGACAAUGUCAUACAGAGCGAGAUUCAGGAACUCAGGACGAAAGUGUCAGCUUUAGAGCAGAAAGUGGCGUCCCUGGAAUCAAAGUCCGCCUCCCAAUCAAUAGUGUUUAUGAGCCAGCUCAGCAAAUCAUUGGACAGUCCUGGCGUUGGUCACAUCGUGGUAUUUGAUGACGUCAUUACUAAUGUUGGGAAUGCGUAUAGUCAUGUCACUGGCGUUUUCCGACCUCCAGUAGAUGGCAGUUACAUGUUCUCCGUGAUCGUUACAGUUUCGCCUUCUCCCGGCAACCAUGGUAUUCAUUUGAAGCUCAGAAGGAAAGGAAGUACCAUUGGAUACUUGUUCCUGGAUUCGAACCACGAUUACUACUUGAAAAGAACAGAGGUGGUAGCUGUUACUUUGACAAAAGGUGAUGAAAUCUUCGUUCAAAUUGACCAAGUUGGUGGCACACAUUCUCUUACCGGCUGUUGUUUUCAUACCCACUUCUCAGGUUUCUUAAUUCAUUGAUGAAAUAACCAAUAAAAAUAAAACAUGGAUUUUCA